AUGACGACAAUUUUGCAGCAGCGAAAAAGAGAAUUGAACGCACAGUAUGCUUGAUAAUAGAUGAGAUAAGCAUGUUGUCAGCAGCUGCUUUUGACAUGGUGGAAUUUGUCUGUCGCAUUUGGAAGAAAAAUAACAGUGUUUUUGGAGGGAUACAGGUCAUAGGAUGUGGUGAUUUCAAACAAUUACUACCUGUCCCUAAUCGUAGAUACCAGGAUGACGGACAGUACUGCUUUCAAAGUGCGAACUUCUUUUCAACCUCCCCUCAUCAUAUCAAUUUGCAUGAGGUCGUUAGGCAAAGUGAGCCUCUAUUGAUUAAAGCUGUGAACGAGCUCUGUGAUGGGGAGCCGUCUGAGGAGACGAUGUAGUUUCUGCGAAGCCUUGACAGGUCUCUAGAUGCCCCCGCACAGGAUGUUACGAAACUGUUUGGCGCAAAUUUUGAUGCAAGCGUGAUCAAUCAGGACACCUUGGAGGAGAUGCCUGGGGCAACAUUCCAUUACA